AUGACUUCCAAGCUGAUGUUCACUGUCUUGGCAGCUUUCAUGCUUUCUGCAGCUCUGUGCAAAGCUGCAGUUUUGUCAAGGGUGGCCUCAGAACUUCGAUGCCAGUGUAUAAACACACAUUCCAAAUUUUUCAAUCCAAAAUAUAUCAAAGAAUUGAGAGUGAUUGAGAGCGGACCACAUUGUUCAAAAUCAGAAAUCAUUGUGAAACUUGUCUCUAAGGAUGGAGAGGAAGCAAAAGAAGUCUGCCUGGAUCCCAAGGCAAAGUGGGUGCAAAAAACAGUGGAGAUAUUUUUGAAGAGAGCUGAGAAAGAAGAAUCGUAG